AUGGAGGAGGGGGAAUGGAUGCAAAGACAACCCAAGCCGGAGGACCUAAGGGUUGGUCUCAUCAGCUGGGCAGGAACCUACCUCACUUUUGAGGCGUGUAAGAAUACGGUCACUGCUGCGGCAAAGGGUUUGGGCAGGAGACAGACCUGGGAGCUCCUGGUGAGCAAUGAGCAUGAGACACAGGCUGUGGUCCGACUAAGAAGCUUGCAGGGCCUCUAUCUUCUGCCCGAGGGGGAUGGCUCUGUGUGCUAUGGCCAACCAAGGGCCAGCCACCACGGAUGCUUCCUACUCCGUUUCCACCGGAACUGCAAGUGGACACUCCAGUGCGUAAUCACUGGUCGUUAUCUGGAGUCCGAUGGUGAAGAAGUGUUCUGCAAUUCCAGGGUCCUCUCAGCCUACCAUAUGUGGGCCCCCCGGCCAGCCCUGCAUGUCCACGUGAUCCUGUACAGCCCUCUCCACCAAUGCUAUGCCCGGGCUGACCCCACUGUGGGCCGCGUUUGGGUAGAUGCUCCAGUUCCCUGCCUGGAGGAAUGUGGCUUCCUGUUGCAUUUCCAAGAUGGAUGCUACCACCUAGAGACCUCUACGCACUACUUCUUGUCCCACUUAGACCGGCUGGUCACCGAGCCCUCAUCACAGACAGCUUUCCACAUGCAAGUGCGGCCUGGAGGAUUGGUGACACUGACCGAUGGUGAAGGGGGCAGGUUAUAUCCACAGGGCUCCCGUCUGCUCCUGGGCUUGGGCUCCAAUCCCCUUAGGGGAGAGGAGUGGUUCAGCCUGCAGCACUGUCCCACCUGGGUCACCCUCAAGUCCAAGGCUCGGAAGUUCAUCUCGGUCUUCUACGAUGUUGAGGUGUGCGCUGCCUCUGAGCACUUAACCCCAACGUCCUUGUUCCAGUUUGAAUGUGACCGCGAGAGCCCCACCUUGCAGCUUCGUUCAACCAAUGGCUGCUACCUGGCCCAGAGGCGCCACAGGAAGAUAAGGGCUGAUGGACACCCGAUGGAGUCUGACACCUUCUUCCACGUGCACUGGAAUUGUGGCAGAAUCUCCCUGCAGUCCUCCAACGGGCGCUUCCUGGGCAUCGCAGCCAAUGGCCUGCUGAUGGCCAAUGCCACCAUUCCAGGCCCAAAUGAGGAAUUUGGGUUUCGGUUUGCCAACCGCCCUUUCCUGGCCUUGCGGGGUCGGUAUGGGUAUGUGGGCACCUCGUCGGAGCACGACGUCAUGCAAUGCGACCUGGACCACCCUGACUGCAUCCACCUGCUGCGCUGCCACCAGGGCAUCUACCACUUCCAGGCACAGGGUGGAUCCUUCUGGUCCAUAACAUCCUUUGGCACCUUCCGCCCUUGGGGAAAGUUUGCCCUCAACUUCUGUAUAGAGCUACACGGGAGCAACUUGCUCACGGUGUUGGCACCCAAUGGCUUCUACAUGCGAGCCGACCGAAGUGGCACCCUGUUGGCCGAUAGCGAAGACAUUACCAAAGAGUGUAUCUGGGAAUUUUAG